GUUAGAUAGCGGAAGUGGGCUGUAACUUAAAAACAUAAGCUUCUACAAUGAGUUGUUGACAGUUCACAAGAACACGUUGUGUGGAACCCACACAUCGACAUCCUGGUUCGAAGUAUUUAUGAAUAUUUGUACAUUACAGCAUUAGUAAUGAAGUGAGGACUGGCAGCAAUUAAAAUGAAUACAAAUGGUGUUCCCAUCCUGGAGAAGCCUCCUCCUCUCCCUCCCCGCCAACGCUCAUUUGUGAGGACAUCACAGCCCCCUCCAAUUGGUUGGGCUAUGCCUGAAGGAAAUGCCUGGGAGCCACCCACUUCUACGACGGCUACUAACAACGGACAAUUUUCAGCGAAUAAUAGUUUGGUAUCCGAUUCAGUCAAUGAAAACAGACCUACCUCAGCACCAGCAUUUACUAACUUUCAAACAGCAUCGGGUGCUAGUCAUUUCUCAGAAAAACCAAAUAAUAUUGAUUUGGCUGAAGCUAGAAGAGAACAAAACUCCCUGAUAUCUUUGUCCCCAGAUAAUACUCUGAGACAAAACCAAACUCCAAACAACAUAUUUAGUUCUGACCUGGAAGGUAUUGAUUUUACGACAUCUGCUGAAAAUAAUAGUGAUACAGCCAAGGAAGCCUCAGGUCAGUCGGACUCCCCAGAAAAAGGAAGUCCAACGAAAAAUUACCAGGAAUUCAGACAUGUAUUUUGUGAUACAGCAGGUGGAAAAGAGAAAUCCAGUCUACCAAAAUCAGAAACCUACCCUCAGACUUCAGGGAAUACAGGGUUACAAUAUGGUUGGAAUAGUAAUUUGUUUAAUAAUGAUCCAUGGAAACCUUUUGGUGCUACUGCCGUGGAUGUUAGGGCUUCUGGACCAGGACAUACUGCUAGUGGACAACCCACUGGGCUUUGGCCCACUGGUCCAUUUCCCCACCAAGCAUUUGGUCAGAAUAGUGGCUUUGCAGCACCUGGUGCACAAUUUGGAUCAUCAUUGUCCCUAACUUCUAAUCCGUUUUCUAAUGUAGCGCCCACACUACCUGUGCGAUCCUGUUCUACAUUUUCUGAUGCUGACUUCAACACUGUUGUGCUACCACCAACAUCUACAGGUGUUCAUGGGAAUUCUGUCAAUCUGAGUCAGUCAUCUACAAAUGCAAGUCAUUUGCAAAAUCUUUUUGAGUUAGACAAUAUUUCACAAUGGGAGAGAGAUCUUUCAGAAGGAAAAUCAAAUUCUGAAAAGUCCAAUGACCUGAUGGAUUUUUCUCCUUCAGAGGAAAUGGAGUAUUUAUCUCUUGAUUCAUUUGAUCCAUUAUAUGAAAGGACUCGAAGGGAAUCAUUUACUUCUAAGGAUAAAGUUCCCUCAUAUUUGAUUGGUGAUAUAAGUGCAAGGGAGGUAACCCCUGGGUUAAGACAACUGUCGGAGGAUCAGAUGGGCAGGAGACAGAGGAGCAGUGGUGGAUCACUGUAUCCAGUAGAACAGCUACAGGCAGCCAGAGUAUCCUCUGAUAUACAAGCAGGAGAAGAGGAUCUGGAGAAGUUUCUACAGUCGACAGCAACAGAGAGUGAAAAGACGAGCCAGGUUGAACCUCCACCUCGCCCACCUCCUAUCAAGUCCUCAACAAAGUUGUAUGAAACCUUACGAAAACGCCUGUUUGUGGACGAUGAAUCACAUGCAUUCUGUCAAAUGGUAGCAGAUUUGAAGUCGAAGUACAAGUCGACAGAUGAAGACUGUAACUUGGGAUUUGUUGUGAGCCCCAUGUGUGAUAAACAGCAGCCCUCACUCUCCGUAAAAAUUGUCAUCUACUCCGACUUUGCCUCGGACCCAGUUUUAUUUACAUGUGAUGUCCACACCCUGGUGGAGCACAUUGUGUGUAACGCGUUGUACAACCAUCUGACAGAUGUCUCCAAUAGUUUUUGCUCCAAGGAUUUCAUCCUCAAAGUGUCAGACAGAUCCGAGUACCUUCUCAAUGACCAAGAAUUGUCCAAGUAUGAGUAUGUCCACGAGUGUCUAAAGCUUGACCAAGAUAUACGGUUCACACUGAUGCGACGUCAAGAUGUUUUCUUGCCCUUCCUCAGGACGGUGGAUGACGAUGCCCAGAACCUUGUCUUCCCUAAAGAUUACAUCAAGACAGAUGAAGCUGUAGUCACCAGAGGACAAUUAGAAAUUCUGAUAAACAUUUUCUACACACAAGUGGAAAAAUUACGGGAUCAUGUUCUAAAGAAUGAGACCAACGAGAUACGCUUCCGAAGCCUACAGCAGUCUGUGAAGGCUGUAUGUAUGACACUGGCCAAAAUAGAGACAAUAGACAUCACGAAAACCCUACGUCGGGCUGAGGGAAUUGUUCAACAGUUUGUGAGUCAAGAAACUCGACAAAAUUAUGACAAUGAAGUAAAGAUGAAGGGGUCGGACCAAGACACACAAGUAGCCUUCCACAUGGCUAUCCGGUGCUCAUUAAUAGAAGAGUUAGAGGAAGUACUUGACCAGCUUCUGGUGACUGUCAAACAGCUCAUCAAAAUGUACUGUCACACAUUCCAUACCGAUUAUUUGCUGGGUACAGCUGUACAGCCUGUCAGGGAGACAAAUCCUGUGGUUGCAUUGGAGGACAACUUUAUUCUACACAUUGCCACGGUCCACCGCAUCCCUGUCACCUGGUCACAGAAGUAUGAUGAAUACAAGAUCAUCUGUAGUCUUCAUUAUGGAAAAGACAAAAUUGACCUGGAUGUGGUGACUUCAUGUAAAACCAUAACUACGACUCAGCUAUGUGGGCUAGAGUGUAUAUUGUGGGACGAAUGGGUGAGUUUUGAUGAGAUCCCAGUCCAGGUGUUGCCAAGGGAGACCCGAGUGUGUAUGACACUUUGUGGUGUCAAGGUUGUCCCCAGCAGUAACCAGAACAACACACAGGGAACCAAGGUUUUGUCACCCCUAGGUGGGGUCACUGUUCAGCUUUAUAACCAGUCAGGGAACCUGAUCAGCGGUAAUCUGUUGGUUCCUCUGAAGAUGUACAGUGUGGCUGAUCCGUUCAUCCCUUUCUGUUCCUCUCUACAGUCUGAUGCAGCACUCAUACAUAUCAAUCUGCCUGACUUUGGGAAACAGAUCGUGUUCCCUGAUGUUUACAUACAGAAAAGCUGUGAGAAGAAGCAGUUCUCAUCACUGCUACCAGAGAUCCAGAAGAUAGCCAGAGACACUAUGGAGAAGGACUGUGUGUCAUCUUGUCAGGCAGAUGAACUUGAGAUACUGUGGCGCUACCGCAACUAUCUUCAUGACUUCCCAGAUGCGUUGCCAUGGAUACUGCAAGGUGUGGUACGCUGGGAUUGGGCAAGCCUGUCCGAUGUUUACUCCUUACUGCAGAGCUGGGGUGGUAUAGAUCCUAUGCAGGCCCUGGAGCUUCUCCUACCACAAUAUCCUGACAAUAAAGUGAGAAAAUUUGCUGUUGACUGCCUGAAGAAAAUGGCAACAGAUGACCUGAUCGAGUUUAUACCUCAACUUAUCCAGGCCCUGAAGUAUGAGAGUUAUCAUGCCUCGGACCUAUCGCGACUUCUCCUCGAGCAGUCCUGCAAAAGUAUCAGAUUUGCUCACAAGUUCUUCUGGCUGCUAAAAGGAGCAGCCCAGGACAGUACUUACAAACAUAGAUAUGAACUGAUGUUUGUUGCCCUGGUGAGUGUAGCUGGUGACGCACUCUACCAGGAGUUCAGGAAACAGGAGGAGCUAGUUAAGAUCCUCACCAAUGCUGCUGAGAAAGUCCAGGUGUCCAAGGAGAAGGAUGGAACAUUGAAGCGAGAGAUGCAGGCGGUGUUUGAAUUAUUUGAGGAUCGAGGCAGCAUUUUGUUGCCUUAUAAUCCUGGCCUGGCUGUGUCAGGGGUGGACCUCAAGUCCUGUUCUUACUUCACUUCCAAUGCCUUACCUCUCAAACUGGUGUUCAAGAGUACCAACAUCAAGGCCGAGCCCAUAUAUGUUAUGUUCAAGGUUGGGGAUGACCUCCGACAGGACAUGCUGACCAUGCAGAUGGUCAAGAUAAUGGACAGACUGUGGCUUAGGGCUGGACUUGACCUCAAAAUGAUCACAUUUGCUUGUCUGGCCACAGGACCUAAAAGAGGUGUGAUAGAGCUUGUCAUGGAGUCGGACACACUACGAAGGAUCCAGGUGUCCUAUGGCGUCACUGGUUCAUUCAAAGAUCGGCCAAUUAAAGAGUGGCUUCAAAAACACAAUCCCACAGAACUUGAAUACCAGAAGGCCUUGGAGAACUUCACUAGUUCCUGUGCUGGCUACUGUGUGGCCACCUAUGUCCUCGGGAUUUGUGACCGCCACAACGACAACAUCAUGCUCAAACAGUCGGGACACAUGUUCCACAUAGACUUCAACAAGUUUCUUGGAGAUUCCCAGAUGUUUGGGAACAUCAGAAGAGAUCGUGUGCCAUUUGUUUUGACCUCUGACAUGGCCUUUGUGAUAAACAAUGGUGAGAAGAGAAGUGACCGCUUCCAGAACUUCAUUGACCAGUGUUGCCAAGCCUUCAACAUCCUCAGGAAAAACGCAAACCUUUUCCUGAACCUGUUUGCCCUGAUGACGAGAGCAGGUAUUCCUGGAGUUAGUGAGAAUGCCGCCCUGUAUAUCCAGAAAGCUCUACUACCCAAACUGACCGACGCUCAAGCUUCUGCUAUAUUCACAAGGAUGAUAGAGGACAGUCUGAAGUCUGUGUUUACACCGAUCAACUUCUUCAUCCACAACCUGGCCCAGCUUAAGUUCUCUAGUCAUCAGGAAGGAGCACUACUGUCCUUUGUACCAAAGACCUACAGUGCCAACACGGAUGGUAAAUUGAAACAUGUAUCACUACACAGCUACCAGAAACGUUAUGAGCCAGAUAAACACUAUAUUUUUAUCUUCAAAGUGGAACGAGAAAGCCAAAAAUUGCCUACAUAUGUCUUCCGACAUUAUUCUGAACUGGUGGAGUUCCGCACUCGUAUAGUAGAGCUCUUCCCAUUGGUCAGUUGGCCACCUCUUCCAAGCAGAUUGGUCAUUGGUCGGUCACAAGUCAAGUCAGUAGCCGAGUCCAGGAAGCCAGAGAUAGAAAAAUUUCUUGCUGAACUUUGGCAGAAAACUGCAGAGAUAAAAGAGAGUGAUCUGGUAUACACGUUCUUCCACACACUACUGCGAGACGAACAGGAAUCACAGAUUGAGAAACUGGACACACAGAAGAGGAGAGUAAAUCCUGUUCAGCUUAUCCAGCAUCCGAACCAGUUUGGCCAGCUCAAGCUGUCCCUUCUGUAUUCAAAGGAAUCCCUCAUGGUCAACAUCAUGCAUGCCAGGAACCUGCCUGGUACUCCCGUGCCGCCGAGUCCCUAUGUGAAAACCUACGUACUUCCUGACCCAGAAAAGCAAACAAAACAGAAAACAAAGAUAGUCAAGUCGUCAACACACCCAACCUAUAAUGAAGUGAUUGAGUACAAAAUGGCAUUGUCAGAUCUUCAACACAGGACAUUACAAGUGAGCGUAUGGGACCAUGAUAUUAUGAAGGAGAACAGUUGUCUGGGGGCAAUCUACAUCAAGUUACGUAGCCAAAACCUAACCACAGAGACCGUCAACUGGUUUCAACUCCACAACAUACAGAUCACCGAUUCCUCCACACUGGCAUAAAGUAGAAAUAGCGGAACAUACAGAUCACCGAUUCCUUCACACUGGCAUGAAGUAGAAAUAGCGGAACAUACAGAUCACCGAUACCUCCGCACUGGCAUGAAGUAGAAUAACAACAGGUACUGGACUCAAACUCCUCGACACAAAUGCAGAGAGCCUUGUACUAACUGGCAUUAAGACUUCUCCACAAAAUGUGUGUCAUGUUUCUUAUAUGAAAAAGGAAAACAAAUGGACUCUGUUGCCAAUGUGAAUUCAAACUGUAUAGCAGAUUCCUGCUUGAUUUUAGUGUGGAAUAGAGGUUGCCAACCUUAUGAAACCAAUAACAGAAUUCUACAAAAGUUAGAUAUUGAUUUUUAUAACACUAUGUAUGGUGUAUGGUCGUUUGAAAUCUUUACAUUAGCGUAAAUGUCAUAAUCUUUAUAAAUUAUUGGUAAUAAUAUUUUAUUUCAUCUCUAGUCUAAAAAUGUACAUUUUGUAUAUAAAUAUUGACACAGUUUACUGAGUAUGAUGUCAAGAAUUUGUUAUUUUAAAAAAUACUGUAAAAGUCUUUUAUUUGUGGUGUCUAAUUUUAGCAGAUUUGCUUAAGUGUCAAUUUUUUAUGGGAUCUGUAUUUUGCGGAUUUGAGAUGAAGUGACAUGGCACAAUGUUCUGAAGUAAAAAUGGAUUAAAUUGCUUUUUAUUUCAUUGGUUGAAAUUUUGGUUUAAAAAAAAUUCUCCUGCAAAAAUCUUGAAAAAUAGAACCAAGUGGAAAAAGUCAUCUUUAUAGUAAAACUUUGGCAAUUAUUUUUAGCUCACCUGGUCCGAAGCUUUGCCAUACCGCAGCGUCAUCCGUCCGUCGUUUUUGACUAAAUUUGGUCUGGAGCAUCAUUGGGCCAAGGGGACUAAAUUUUCUAUAAACAGUGGGUGAGGCCCUUCUGGGGGCAGAGGGGAGGGGCCCAAAAGGGGAAACAUAGCAAAUUCUUCAAAAUCCUUCUUCUUCUGUAGGAAUGACAGGAUUUUGUCCAAUAUUUGGCAGAAGCACCCUUUGGAGAAGGGUUACCAAUUUUGUAUAAACGGGGGGUCUGUCUUCCCUUGGGGCAGAGAGGCGAGGCCCAAUAAGGGAUAUAGAGGAAUAGCUUUAAUAUCCUUCUUCUUCUGUUGGGAUGAAUGUCUUUGACCAAAU